GGCCGGGGCAGCAGAGGCCGCUGUGAGGAGCUCCGCGCUCUAGCUGCCGCCCGCCGUCGCCCUCGCUCCCGGCGCGAUCAUCAACUCGGUUUUUUUUUUUCUCUGAAGAAUCCAUUAAAAGAGCCAGUAAAUCUGUGGAAAAUGGCCUUCAGUGAUCUUACAUCGAGGACCGUGCGUUUUUAUGAUAAUUUUAUCAAAGAUGCUGAUCCAAGAGUUGAAGAUUGGCUCCUCAUGUCCUCGCCUCUGCCACAAACCAUCAUCCUGGGACUCUAUGUCUAUUUUGUCACUUCUCUGGGACCAAAGCUCAUGGAGAAUCGAAAACCCUUUGAACUCAAGAAAGUGAUGAUAACGUACAAUUUUUGCAUAGUACUCUUUUCUUUGUAUAUGUGUUAUGAGUUUGUGAUGUCUGGCUGGGGUACAGGUUAUUCAUUUCAAUGUGAAAUUGUUGACUAUUCACGGUCACCCACAGCUUUAAGGAUGGCACACACCUGCUGGCUUUAUUACUUCUCCAAAUUUAUUGAGCUGUUAGACACUAUCUUUUUUGUUCUGCGUAAGAAAAAUAGCCAAGUGACUUUCCUUCAUGUCUUCCAUCAUACCAUCAUGCCAUGGACCUGGUGGUUUGGAGUCAAAUUUGCUGCAGGUGGUUUGGGAACAUUCCAUGCCUUUGUAAAUACAGCUGUGCACGUAGUCAUGUAUUUCUACUAUGGACUUUGUGCAAUGGGACCAGCCUACCAGAAGUAUUUGUGGUGGAAAAAAUAUUUGACAUCUUUACAGCUUGUGCAGUUUGUUAUUGUCACCAUCCACAUAGGCCAGAUAUUUUUCAUGGAGGAUUGCAAGUACCAGUUUCCAGUCUUUCUCUACAUUAUUAUGAGUUAUGGGUUCAUCUUUCUGCUGCUCUUUCUCCACUUUUGGUACCGUGCUUACACCAAGGGUCAGAGAUUGCCUAAAAGUGUAAAUAAUGGAAACUGCAAAAACAAACAUCACUAAAAUACAAGCACAGCAUGAUUGAGACUGAUGUCUUGUCUUCCUUGACAAUCAAGAUAUAUUUGCCUAUGCCAUGAUUUUGUAUAUUUUUCAAAAUCAAGAGCUUGUAUUUUUUGAUAAGUUAUUGGAGUUUCUGAUAUUUGAGAAUCCAAAGUUCCCAGAUAAGUCUUUUGAUAAUGAGAGCCUAGAGCAGCCAUAGGUUUUCCAGCUGCUUUUAAACUGAACUGAAAAGUUUUGUUUAAUAUGCUUUGUUACAGUGAAAGAAGGAUGUGAAGCAAUAUAGUACUCUUCAAAGACGUCCAGUAUAGAUGAAAAAUAUUAGAUAUUUUGAGCAUGGACAGAGACCCAUGGAGUACAAUAGAUUCCUUCUGCUGGGGCUGGAAACCUCCACUGUAGACUCGGGCUCUGUCACUUGUUGAUUGUGUUCAGAAGACACAGUAUUUAUUUUAGAGGUCAAUUCUUAUUCUAAAGCACUAACACUGAUAAACAUGAAUUUGGGAUCAGUCACUUUUAAAAAUCACUCGUGAUAAAUUUUAAUGUAUCUUCUUGAGCAGCUUCCACCACUUUUGCUGAUGAGAAUUCCUUCCAGUUAGUACCCUGAGGCACUUGACACUAAGGUAGAGUUAAUAUUAUUUUGGAAGCAAGGGGAUUUGCUUGGAUGGGUUAAUGAACACUUAGCUGUUACAAAUUUGCAAUUAACUCUGUAUAUCUCUGGAAAAAAAGGUGAAUGUAUCAAUGAAGAAAAUACUAUGUAGUUCAGUAGGGAAAAAUCUGUUGUCCGUUAUAUUAUAAUGUCAUUUUGUGAUAUUGUCAUGGUUUAAAGAAUUAUCUUGGCUAAGUAUACAUUGUUUAAAGACGGAAAUGUUCAUAUGAUUAGCAUACUGCAGGUACCUUUAAAGCAUAAAUAAUUUUAGACCACUCAUCAUACACAGUAUCCAGAUAGGGUUUAGAGUGGUUUAUGAAGCAACUGGAGGCAGGAGGUGGCACAAGAGAGUAUUGGGGGAAGAUUUGGUUAUAUAAAUAAAGAGACAAAUUUUGAGAGACAAAUUAUAGUUAUAGAUUUACAUAUUUAUUGUUAGAGAGAUACUACGUGAAUAAAGUAUUUUGUGAGUUAGCCUGGAUUUCUCUUUUUCAGACCUACACACCAUAUAAUGAAGUGCUGAAAUUCAUUUGUCAUAGGUUUUUGCUUUUUUCUCUAAAGUGGCUACUUUGUGAUAUGCUAUUGUUUUCACAUUAUCUUAUUGGAUAACCAAAACUACCAAUCGAUAGUUUUGUCCAAGAACUGCAGUAUUUGGACAUCUGUGAACCUUUCCUUUGUGCUUUUUGUUGUUAUUGUUAUAUUUAUGCUCAAUUUUGAAGGAUUGUUUAUGUGCAAAGGACUUUGAACAAUUAGCAAUUAUAGUCCCAGUUAUUGUAUAACACACGGUGAUACUUAUUGUACAACAAAGCCUGAGUUUUCACUGAUUGUAAUAUCGGUUGUUCUUUGACUCCCCCAGGCUCAUGACUAUACUAUGACCUUUUGUCUUCACACUUACCAGAUUCAUAAGGUUAUUUCUCACUAACUGACCUUUAUGAUCUCACUUGCUUACAGUAUGAGAAGGUGAGGGUCGGUAAAUGGAGGGAAUUUCCUACUAAAAAUAAAGAAAGAACAGGAGAGCAGAACUAAAAGAAACAGCUAUUCCAGUUUUUACCACCGUAAAGGUCUCAUGACUCCUUGAGUGUUUUCUGUUUUGGUUCUUUGAAUCCAAACUAAAAAUGCUAAAAAUCUGAAGGUGUGUAGGUGCUGCUAUACAUACAUAACAGUUCCUGGAGACCCAAGUAAGGUAAAGACAGAAAGGAAGGAAAAAAAAAUUGAAGAUAAAACAGGGAAUUUGAUUUAUUUUUUUAUGACCCACAUAGCAUCACCUUUCCUAACCUUCCUGAAGUCUAGAAUAUUUGAUGUGCCUAUGAACUAACAGCAAUAUGCCACGAAACCACAUUCUCAAUUCUGUGGAUAGAAAUUGGGAGAUAGAAUGCCACAUGAAAACAGAUUGCAAUUGGCAGAAGUAUUCUCUGCAUAGGAAUAGCAGAUUAAGAUAAGCAUCCCUGGAUGUAGGAUUUGUGUGAGCAAUGUUUUGUUUAAAGGGCUCUGUGCGGUCAAACAGUUUCUAUUGCGGUUUUGUCCACUUUGUAAGACUUUAUUGUCAUUGGAUGAGCUUAUCUAACAGACAAAAAGCCCAGCUACAUAAUCUAGUUCAUUACCUACAGCUCUAUGAGUCCUUGAGGACCUAUAUCCAUAUUGUAAAUAAAUACCAAUACAAAUUUUAAAAUAUCUAUGGGAUGUUGCCAUUUUAUAGUCUUAACUCCUCAGUGUAAUUCUUAAACUGAGUAUGCUACGUUGUUUCGUGAAUUAUGAAUUUAUGUCCCCUCAAUUAUCCCUUAUUUCUGUUAACUUUUGAAAGACUGUGGAAAACUCUGUGGAUAUUGUCAAAGUUUGGGUUUGUUCUUCUCUGUGUAUUUAAUAAAUUUGUGGUGUCACAUGUA